GUUUGAUUUAAAUAGCAAAAAGCUUCUCUUCAUUCCCAAAAACUAAAAGAUAUGGAAGAUUCAUGCAUCAUCAAAACGAGAACGUACUUAGAAGAGCUAGCCAAGGAUAAAAGCCAUUCCUACUUUCCCAGUUUCAUCCUCGAAGGUCUUCAAGUCAUCCAUGUUGCAACAGGGUUCGUUCAGUGUAAAUUGACCGUUACACAUCACGCUUUGAAUGAAGAUGGGAAUUUUCACACAGCAGCAAUAGGUGCGCUAAUGGAGUUGAUGGGAGCAACCGCGGUGUACUCAGUUGGAGGAUCUCAUGCCUCAGUUGAUCUCAACUAUUCAUUUUACUCGACCACCGCCAAGAUUCAAGAAGAAGUAAAGAUGGAAGCAAGAUUAGUAGGUAAGAGGGAAGAUCUAAACUCAGCAACAAUUGAGAUUCGAAGAGAUUACGAUGAAGAACUCAUAGCCACAGGUAGAUUAUGGAUGAGGCUAUUGGCGACACCAAUGAACCUAGAUGUCAAACACAAUGGUGUCGAUCAAGUUAGCAAGCUUUAAUGGCGGCUCCAACCAAAUCCAAUAUUUACCCAAUACCCAAUAUAUGAACCAUGUCCUAUGCAUACAACUGCAAGUGGUAUGUAAGAUAUAUAAUGUGUUUGGACAUUACAUCAAUGUUAGACUAUUACAUCAAUGUUACAUCAAUGUUAAUGUGUUAGUACUCUUACAUAUACAUCAAUGUUAAAUAUAUGUUACGUCUUUAUUGAUUCUA